AUGCCGGUGUUGAUGAGUCCGGAGAUCGCCACUAAAUUUAAAGAAAAAUGGAUGAUGCUCCAUCCGGAGGAUCAGGAUAAUGUCAACGGUUCGGUCGACGACAGCCUCACCAGUUUACAUUGGUUACAGAACUUUUCGAUUCUCAGUGCCAAUCCAGAGAGGACUCCUAGUUCAGGCUGUUAUCCUCAGCACUUCUUUUAUCAGAGACACCUUCAUCUUGGGGGAACCGACUCGCCCUCCAGUCCACCUGCUGGAGACACCGCUGCUACAGGGAUGCCCCAAACCCUGGGAAACCCCAUUACCUCUAGCAGCAAUUUAGGCAACACAAGUUCGUAUGUGCUACAACAAACGGGAAAUUAUGGCCACACCAUAACGUCGCAAAUAAAUACAGCCGAGGAGAUCGACUAUAAAACAAACCGUCACGUGAAACCACCUUAUUCCUAUGCUACCCUUAUUUGUAUGGCAAUGCAAGCCAGCAAGAAAACAAAGAUCACUCUCUCCGCUAUUUACAACUGGAUCACAGAUAAUUUCUGCUACUACAGACACGCAGAACCCAGCUGGCAGAAUUCAAUCCGCCAUAAUUUGUCACUGAACAAGUGCUUCAUGAAAGUCCCCAGGCAGAAAGAUGAGCCGGGGAAGGGGGGGUUUUGGCAGAUCGAUCCUCAGUACGCUGACAUGUUCGUAAACGGUGUCUUUAAGCGAAGACGGAUGCCAGCCACAAACUUCAAUACCCAGAGGCAGAGUAAGAUGUUGCCUUCGACAGACUCCCCUUACAGCCUGACUGCUCAGGAAAAGCAGGGCGGCCGACAGACGGGGGUGGACCACGUCCAGGGGCCUGCGUCAGGAAACAAACGAAAGCAGGUCAUGCCCAAACGAAACAAGCUGGCCAGGAUCCACAAAUCUCCCCUAUUAGCGACCGAAGUGAAAAGCUCUGAUGUGCUCAGAGGAGAUUUUGACCUGGCCUCCGUGUUUGACGACGUGAUGAGUGGAAAUGGGAGUACUUUUGAGGACCUGGAUAUUAACACGGCUCUUAGCUCACUGGGCUGUGAGAUGGAAGUGCCCUCGCAAAGCCAGCAUAUGGCAAACGUGGGGAAAUGGUACAGCAACGAGGAUGAACAAGCCUGUGCUUACCUGGAGGUGAAUGGCAUGAUGGGAUGCAGUUUGGAAGACUUUCAGCAACAGCAUCUGCAGACUCAUCCGCAAUAUUAUGAAGGAAUGACUGUUUUCUCAGAGCACCAACAACAACAGCAGCAGCAGCACCCCUGGGAGAUUAAAGAGGAGGUCCAACCCAUCCCACUGUCUCUCGAUCAAGGCUUCGGCGUCUGUGAGGGAUUCUUCUCUGAGAUGCAGCUGUGGGAAAGAGCCGAUUCCUAUCUUUAA